UACAGCCAAUAGAAAUGGCUACCGCUGAUAAUCAAGAUAGUGAUCUGAAGAAUGCCUCCGGACCAAACUGCAAGGAGGAUCGAAUCAUUAUAAGUUCAAGACUCGGGAGAAGAACAGAAGAAGAAAUCAGAGAAGAGCAUAGGACUCUGAGAUUGUUACACAAAAUCGAACGGACGCAAACUCAAAUUCUUCAAGUUGUUUCAAAGGAACGAACAUUAAAAAGAACAAUUUCCAGAGACGAAAAUGAAGGAAACGGUCCAAGUAUUAACAAUUGCGAUGAAAGAAACCAAGCAGAAUUUGCUGAGAAGAUAAAAAAGAUAUCCGAAAUUGAACGACAGCUUAGCGAAGAUCUCAGCAAUAAGGAACACAAGAUACUCGAACUGGAAGAAUGUGUCUCCAAAAAAGAAGAGACAAUAGAGGUUUUAAAUCAAGAGUUGACGCAACUUUCAGAGGAAAAUUCCAAGUUGAGUGAAAACGAGGAAACCAACAACUCUAAAAUUGAAGAACUUCAAAAAAAUGUUACUGAGAAAAAACGGAAAAUAAAAAAAAUCGAAAGGGAAAAGAGUAUAUUAAUUGAAAAUAUUGAAGAAAACAAAGGCGCCGUCACAGCACUGAAACAUCAGUUGGAUUACAGAACUAACAUGGAGCAAUUACAAUGGCAGUUGAAUCAAAUCAGUAAGAUACACGAGGAAAACAGCAUUCUCCAACAAAGAUGUGAUGAUUUGGAGAGAGCAAGAAAUGACCUUUCUGCACAGAUGAACGAUGUAUUGGCUGAAAAACAAGAUGUAUAUAAAGAGUUUGAGGCACAACAACUGGCAAGAACUGCGCUUACCGAGGAUCUGCAAGAGAAAAAAACCGAAUGCAAUAUUUUCAAGAAACUUGUGACUGAAAAUGAAAGCAGAAAGAUAGUGGAGCUUGACGAAGCAGCAUUUCAGAUAUCUAAACUUCAAACGGCAUCGUACGAGUAUUACUUAAGUUCGGACUUUACUCCAAUAAACAUUAACAUCAAAGCAAAUGGAGAGCAAACUUGUGAUGUGCAUGGGAUAUUAUGUAUCGGACCAGGAAUCUUUGUCCUCACUGACUGGGACAAUAAAAGCUUGAAGACAGUUGACAUCAACAAACAGUCCAUGCUUUCCGUACUUCAACUUGAGGCAAGUCCAUUUGAUGUAGCUAAGCUAAAACCCGGCAUUUUAGCGGUAACCCUGCCGAGAUUGAAACAAGUUGCUCUUAUCAAGUUCAACUCAGAUGGAGAAUUAGGAUUGUCAAAAUCCAUUAAAUUGAAAAAAGAAUGCUUUGGGAUUACAUCACUGGAUUAUGCCCAUAUUAUUGUGGUCAACUCAAACGUGGAAGUCUAUGAUCUUCGAGGAAACUGCACUAAUAUUUUAGUGGACAUGAGCUACGACAGAAUGAAAACUGAGUUCAAAGAGUUGAAGUAUGUUGCUGCUUUUGGUGACAAGUUACUCUACCUCACCGACUGGGCGCUUAACUCUGUCACUUGUCUGUCAAUGGAUAAAGAGAUAAAAAGUCAAUUUAAAUUCUCUGGAAAGAAUCUGCUUGAUCAUGGUGCACCGCUUGGUUUGGCGGUAUCUUUAGCUGGAACAGUUUUUAUAAGAUGCAGGAAAGGUGUUUAUUUACUGGACAUGGAUUUACGAAAUGGCCGUUCCCUUGCAUCAAGUUUGCCUCGAGGUAUUUGCCUUUCAUACAGCGAGUGGGACCAGAAAGUAUUUGUAGCAUUUACAAAAAGCAACAUAGUUAUUGCAAUGGCAUCAAGGCCCCCUAAAGACCUCAUAAGUGAAGUGCAAUGGUACCAUGGUAACAUAGACCGAAUCGAGACCGAGUCUCGCCUCAAAAUGAUUGGACAGGAUGGAACGUUCCUUGUACGCGACAGUACACAGGGCGGAGACAAGCAUCCGUAUACACUGGCCGUCUUGCACAAGGGGUAUGUGACCUACCUGAAGAUCCGCGUACGAGACGACGACCAGGUUGCCGUUGGGGAAAUGAGGGACGAUGAAGUACCAUUUAAAGAUGUAUCUACCUUGAUCGAGUAUUAUAAGACAUGUGAAGUAAGUUUGGUGAAUGCAACGCAAAGCCAAUGCUAUCGAACCAGUCUUCGACGAUUCCCCAAUAAAUUCGAACGAAUAUGACCUGUUGUGGACAUAUAGUUAGAUAUUAAGUUAGUUGUACAUUUCCAUAUUUGAUCUUAAGUGGAAUUGCAGGAAAGUAAAAAAUCCUC